AUGGGUCAGGAGAGACAUAUUUGGUACACCGAUGGCAGUUCCAUGGUGGUGCACGGUAAAAAGAGAAUCAGAUAUGCAGCCAUUAAUUUAGAAGAAGAGGUACUAAAGGGGUAUUUGGAUCAUGGCUCAGCACAACAUGCUGAACUCCAUGCCAUAUACCCAGUCCUAAAACAAUAUGAAACAGAGAACUGCCCCAAGACUGUAUACAUCUAUGCUGACAGCAAUUACUGUGUAAAUGGGGUGCAAUAUUGGAUGUUUGAUUGGCAGAGGAACAAUUGGAAAGCCGCAGACGGGAAAGAGAUAGCAUAUAUAGAUGAAUGGAAAUGGAUUUAUGCCUGGGUUACCUCUCAUCCCAACCAGCUUAAAAUCAAACAUGUCAAGGCACAUGGAAAAGGCUCUGCAGCUGAAACAGUAUGA